AUGCCAGCCGUGUCUAAGCGCGAUGGGAUGCAGGGGCUCGCCGUGUUCAUCUCCAACAUCCGGAACUGUAAGAGCAAGGAGGCGGAGAUUAAGAGAAUCAACAAGGAACUGGCCAACAUCCACUCCAAGUUCAAAGGGGACAAAGCCUUGGAUGGCUACAGCAAGAAAAAUUAUGUGUGUAAACUGCUCUUCAUUUUCCUGCUCGGCCACAACAUCAACUUUGGGCACAUGGAGGCCGUGAACCUGCUGAGCUACAACAAGUACACAGAGAAGCAGAUAGGUUACCUGUUCAUCUCGGUGCUGGUGAACUCCAACUCGGAGCUGAUCCAGCUCAUCAACAACGCCAUCAAGAACAACCUAGCCAGCCGCAACCCCACCUUCAUGUGCCUGGCCCUGCACUGCAUCGCCAAUGUGGGCAGCCGUGAGAUGGGCGAGGCCUUUGCCACUGACAUCCCUCACAUCUUGGUGGCUGGGUGA